UUCCUUCAAUUUCUUGCUCUCUAAGUUGAAAGAAAAACUAAUAUCAUCAAUGGCGUCUCCUACCCAUCUCAUGAAACCUGCUCCUUCUCCUCUAAAGAUCAUCCCUGCUCCUGCUACUGGUAAUGGUACCGGCUUUACCUUCCGCCCAAUUCCUACCAGUACUGCUCCUCCAGCUACUAUCCUCCUCAACACUGACACUCUCCGCGACUUUGACAACCACUAUGUCCACAGAGACCCUGCUUUUGGCUUUGACCGCAGCUACUGUGUAGGCUUUCCUCGCAGCAGUGAUGACUCUCUCUCUGCACCAAGGAGCCACAACCAAGUGCUGAACUUGACGGAUCAGUUCAUGGCCAAUCCUUAUCCAGUCGGUCCGCUACUCCUUUCUGCAGCCAUCCCUGGCCGGAAGCGCGGACACAACUGGGACGCGUAUGAGACUGAUGUUGCUCUGAAUAUCAGCAUUGACAUGCCUGGACUUGACAAGGAGGAUGUAAAGAUCACAGUGGAGCAGAAUAGCCUGCUUAUCAAAGGCGAAGGCAAAAAGGAAAAGGAUGAUGAUGAUAACGAUGAAAAGAUGGCUGAUAAGGGCAGGAAGUUUUGUGGCAAGAUGGAUUUGCCAGCUGGGAAGAGGUACAAGACGGGCGAGAUUAAAGCUGAGAUGAAGAAUGGGGUUUUGAAGAUGGUGGUUCCUAAGGUGAAAGAGGAUGACAGGAUCGAUGUUCUUCUGGUCAAGGUUGAGUAGCUUGCUUGCUAGGUUGCAGACUUGCAGCGCAGGGAAUAUUGUUUUAGGGUUUGUUGGUAAAUGACUAAUGAGGGCUUUCGUUGUUAAGGUGAAAAAGUAGUAAUUAGCAGUCGUUAAAUAACAUUAGAGCUGUUUGCGUGAGAUGAGGACUAAUCUGAUGAAUUGAGGCUGAUGAAGUCUUUUUUAUCUUUG